ACAUGGAGCAGGACAAUGUUUCACCACUGCAGCACUUUGUGGUGGCAAAGAGGACAAUCAGUGCUGUGUUUCACCAGCUGUUGGAGUUUGUUAGAGAUUGUUCAGAUUUUGUAGAAGAGACGUGGAGGAAUGAGGAUCUUGAGCAUGUAGCAGAGGAAAAACAGUGUCUGCAGAUCCAGGCCUGCUCCAGGAAACUAACCGUCAUCAAAGAUGUGCUAGCCCGCAGACAUAUGAAGGUGGCCUUCUUUGGCAGGACCAGUAAUGGAAAGAGUACAGUAAUUAAUGCCAUGCUAAGGGAACGGGUUUUGCCCAGUGGAAUCGGCCACACCACUAAUUGUUUCCUGAGUGUGGAGGGCACAGACGGGGAACAUGCCUACCUUACCACUGAGGACUCUGAAGAGAGGAAAAGCAUUGAAACAGUCAAUCAGCUUGCCCACGCUCUGCAUAUGGACAGGAACCAAGACUCAGGCUGUCUGGUCCGAGUGUUUUGGCCCAAAGCUAAGUGUGCCCUGCUGAGAGAUGAUCUGGUCCUGAUGGACAGCCCAGGCACAGAUGUCACAUCAGAGCUGGACAGUUGGAUUGAUAAGUUUUGUUUAGAUGCUGAUGUCUUUGUUCUUGUGGCCAACUCUGAGUCUACCAUAAUGAACACUGAGAAGCACUUUUUCCACAAAGUGAAUGAACGCAUAUCAAAGCCCAAUAUUUUCAUCCUAAAUAAUCGUUGGGACGCGUCUGUCUUAGAGCCAGAGUAUCUGGAAGAUGUGCGGAAGCAGCACAUGGAUCGCUGUGUCAGUUUCUUAGUGGAGGAGCUAAAGGUAGUGGAACUUAACAAGGCACCUGGCCGCAUCUUCUUUGUCUCUGCCAAGGAGAUGUUGAGUGCCAGGAUCCACCGUGCCCAGGGAAUGCCAGAGACUGGCGGUGCUUUGGCUGAAGGAUUCCAAGAGCGACUGAUGGAGUUCCAGAGUUUCGAAAGAACAUUUGAGGAAUUUAUAUCACAGUCUGCCGUGAAGACCAAGUUUGAGCAGCACACAAUCAGAGCCUGGCAGAUCACUGAGUCAGUCAAGGCUAUCAUGGAUGCCAUCAAUAUUUCUUCAGCAGAAAAGAAAGUGUUCUCACUAGAAGAGCGUGAGGCUCUAAUGGAUCGGCUGGAGUUUGUGCGAAAUCAGCUCAACUUCCUAACCGAGGACAUAAAAGACAAGAUAAAGGCCAUCACUGAGGAAAUGGCUGACAAGGUGUCCAAUGCCAUGGCAGAAGAGAUUCGUUGCCUGUCUGCUCUUGUGGAUGAAUUCUGCUCUGAUUUUAGCCCUGCCCCGAAUGCCUUAGCCCUGUACAAAACUAAGCUCAUGGCCUAUGUGGAGGAGAGAAUGGUGAAAAAUUUGGACUUGCGCUGUUCCAGCAGUAUAAAUGGCUAUGUGCUGUCAUCUCAGAGAGACAUCAUGGACACUCUACGUCCUCUGCUGCCCCCUGCUGCCCGAGGUCAACUACACCUCCCCAACAGGAAGUUCAGUAUUACCUAUGACCUGAACUUUGCCAGCCUCUGUGAAGACUUUGUGGAGGACAUCAACUUUCAUUUCUCACUGGGUCUUACAUUCUUGGUGAACCGUUUCCUAGGGCCUGGUAAAGCAAAACAAGCUUUGAGCCUAUUGGAUCAAAAAUUGCAAGUCACCUCUUCCUCUGCUCCCUUGGGAACCCAGGCGCAGGAGGAGUUGGCUAUGUCCAUGGCAACAGGGCUGGUCUCUCUCACUUCCAGAGCAUCAGUUGGGAUGCUGGUCAUUGCUGGAGUGGUGUGGCGUUCUGUGGGAUGGAGGGUUAUUGUACUUUCUGUGAGUCUCUACGGUUUCCUAUACCUGUAUGAAAGACUGACCUGGACCAACAGCGCUAAAGAGAGGGCUCUAAAGCAGCAGUUUGUGGACUUUGCCACUCAAAGACUGCAGGCCAUUUCACACAUUAUCAGCAGUGACUGUGGACAGCAGGUGCAACAGGAAAUGGUGGCCGUCUUUGCCCGCAUGUGCCAACAGGUUGACAAGAGCGAGAUGGAGCUUGAAACAGAGAUCCGCAGACUCAGCGCCAGGAUUCAGCGCCUGGAGAGUGUCCAGAGACACUCCAAAACCCUCAGGCAUAAAGCCACUGAUCUGGAGUCACAACUGGAGUCUUUUUCAGCGCAGUAUCUGCAGACUCAACAUUAACUAGAGCAGCACGAAACUGGGAACAAGAGAAGGCCAAAACACACUGCAUGAUUUUAGCAAUCCUAUAAGAUCGAUUGUUUCACAAUGCCAAUCUUUCGUCUGGGACAGCCGAAAAUCGUGCAGUGUGUUUAGGGCUUAAGAC